CUCCCUUCAAACUAGCUCCGGAUUCAGGAUUUCGCAUUAGCUAGCUUUCAGCCUCAUACUUCACGGACACGGAUCACAGCAAGUUGAACGGAGUCUCAGGAACUUCAUUACAGUAGAAUAGCGCAAAAGAGAAUUCAAGCUCUCAAGAUGGACGCAGGUACUCUUUUGGUGAACUCGUUGUCGGCUGACAAUGCCACCCGGCAGGAAGCUACGGCGCAAUUGCAGAAUGCUAUGCAGAACGACUAUGGCGGUUAUAUGCACACACUGGCUAUGGAGUUGGCCAACGAACAGCAACAGAGCCAUAUCAGGAAUGCAGCGGGUAUCGCCAUCAAGAACGCUUUGACCGGGCGAGAAGCCACCACUCAAAACGCCCUCCUCGAACGAUGGAAGACCCUCGACGCAUCCCGCCGGACCGAGCUCAAACGGCUCUGUCUCCAAACCCUCGGGUCGCCGGAUAAACGAGCCGCCGGUGUCUCGGCGAGCGCGAUCGCGGCCAUUGCAGCCUGCGAGCUGCCUUAUGGGGAGUGGAACGAGUUGAUCGGGACCUUGUUGGAGUUUGUCGGGCAGGACAAUGUCGGGUUGAGGGUGGCUACUCUGCAGACGAUCGGUUAUAUCUGCGAGGCGAUCAGCCCCGAAUACCUCGCCUCCCGAUCAAACGAAAUCCUCACCGCCGUCGUCCAAGGUGUACGCAAGGAAGAGACCAACAUGGACGUCCAGGCCGCCGCCAUCCAAGCCCUGUACAACAGUUUGGAAUUCAUCAGGGACAACUUUGAGCGAGAGGGCGAGCGAAACUACAUUAUGCAGGUCGUUUGCGAGGCUACGCAGAGCCCAUCGAUACCUGUCCAGGUGGGCGCUUUCGAGUGUCUCGUCAAAAUCAUGCAACUGUAUUACGACAAGAUGAAGCUGUACAUGGAGAGGGCCUUGUUUGGCUUGACGGUCAUCGGGAUGCAAAACGCAGAGGAAAAGGUCGCUCUCCAGGCGGUCGAGUUCUGGUCGACGGUGUGUGACGAAGAGGCCGAGUUGAUGUACGAGGCGCAAGAGGCCGCCGAAGUCGGUUCCUCCCCCGUGGUGGAGAGCCAGAACUUUGCCAAGGUAGCCCUGCCCGAGAUCUUGCCUCAACUGCUUGUCCUCAUGCAAAAGCAAGACGAAGAUGCCGAGGACGACGAGUGGAACGUGGCCAUGGCUGCGGGGACCUGUGUCGGACUCUUGGCCACUGUUGUUGGCAACGAUAUUGUCGCCCCUACCAUUCCCUUCAUCGAGCAGAACAUCCAGGCUGGGGAUUGGCAUCAGCGAGACGCGGCCGUCAUGGUCUUUGGAUCCAUCUUGGACGGGCCCGACGAAUACGUCCUCUCCCCCUUGGUUCGACAGGCCUUGCCCACCUUGAUCCAGAUGAUGAACGACGGACACGCUUCCGUCCGAGACAGUGUAGCCUGGACCUUGGGCAGGAUUACCGACCUAAUGAUCAAGGUCAUUCAGCCGGAAGAACACUUGCCCGAGUUGGUCAAGGCGCUCGUGUUUGGGCUGCAGCAGACGGGAAGGAUCGCAAGCAGCUCGUGUUGGUCGAUCAAGAACCUCGCGCUCGGGUUCAGCGACGAGGAGUCGGAUGAGGCGACCACGACGCCGUUGUCGCCUUAUUACCGAGGGUUGAUGGAGGCCCUGAUGAGCACUAGCGAGAGCAGGAACAACGACGGUAACGCUCGUACCGCUACGUACGAGGCCAUCGCUACCCUGGCUAGCACCGCCGUCCAGGACACUCUGGAAUUCGUCUCGCAGGCUGGUCUCGAGAUCUUGUCGCGAAGCGAAAAGCUCCUCGAAUUGAGGAAUCAGCUCGUCGGAAGUGAUGACAGGAACAACUGGAACGAAUUGCAGAGCAAUUGUUGCAACGUCAUUCAGGCCAUCAUCCGAAAGGUUGGACACCAGAUCGAGCCCCUGGCCGACCGAAUCAUGAACGUCCAGCUUCAAUUGCUGCAGACUUCUGCGAAGGACGCUGCUGUCGCCGAGGACGCGUUCAUGACGAUCUCGAGCUUGGUUCUUGUCCUGGACGAGAGCUUCGAAAAGUACACCUCACACCUCAUGGAGUUCAUCUUCUCGGCUUUGCGAACCCUCGACGAGUUCCAGGUCUUCACCGCUGCCGUCGGUGUAACCGGAGAUCUCGCUCGUGCCGUCAAGGGCAAGAUUUCACCCUAUGCCGACCCCUUGCUACAAGCUCUGUUGGCCGCGCUCUCUAGCCCGGUCCUUCACCGAACCGCCAAGCCCACUGUUGUUUCGGUUUUCGGAGACGUCGCCAUUGCUCUGGGAUCCGGCUUUACCCCCUACCUUCAGAACGUCAUGGCCAUGCUGUCGCAGGCUGGACAGGUCCAGGCAACGUCCAGCAGCGAUGCUGGCAUGUUUGACUUUGUCUGGGCGAUGCGCGAGUCGAUUGCCGAGGCCUUUAUCGGUAUCUUGACCGGUCUGCAAGACACGGAUCCCAUGGCCUUCAUGCCGUACGUUGGGGGAAUCAUCCAAUUCAUCACGAGUACCGCGGACGAAGAGGACGCUUCCUUCGACUACCUCCGAACAUGUUACAACCUGCUCGGAGAUAUGGCCAGCACCUACAAGGAGGGCAUCAAGCCCGUCCUACUGGAGCCCUCGAUCUCGCACUUCUUGCACAUUGCCAAGAUGAGGAACUGCAAGCAGCGUCGAGUGACCGACGCGGUCAAAUACGCCCGACAGGCCGUCCGAGCUGCCGUCAACUGAAGACUUUGACCUCUUCCCUACACCCCACCAUUACGGCCUGUCCUCUCGAUAUCAUCCCCCAUCGCAUUGCUUCUUAAUUCCCUGCAUCAUAUCACCCCCUUUCUCAUCAUCCUCAUCGAAGAGGCCUUCCGCGCCUACCUUCUGUAUAGCUUACGCAACAGUCGGCGCUCACGACACGACAC